GAGAACGUCACAAACCUCUCGAUAUACGGGAGUUGCUGCUGCUGCUGCUGCUGCCGAUAUUCUCGAUAGACCGAGCAGCACACUUCGUCGUGGCAUAUGGUUGUUGCCUCGAUCGCGUUUACGAGGAGUCUGCGAAAGACGUCUUAUCCCCGUUCCUACGUUUCGAGUCUCUCAGUUGAUGUUCGUCCGUCGAACGUUGCGCGUCGGCCGUAGGUAUCGCGAUAUUACCUGGUGAUCACGUGUGGAUAUAUUCCGAUUAUAAUACCGUGCACAGUUGCAUACCUGACAACUCGACGAGUUUCGUCGUCUGUCGUACGUCGGUUGAACGACUUUAUUUCACAGCGGCGUUCACGACGAGCGAAGUCGCCUCCGCGUUUCGUCGAUAAAAGAUCGUUGAUUUUUAUUUCAAGAGAGAAAGAAACAAAAAAAAAAAAAAUUUACAAAUUGUGGUAUAAAAAUAGUAUAACAUCGGGUAACGAAUAUACAUGUAUACCGAAAGCAGAAAUCGAAAGCUGAGUUUGUUGAAAAGUGAAAGUUUUGCAAAUUAACGAAUUCAGUUCCUGUGCGGCUGAGCUAUACACCAAACUCUACCGCACGAUUCUCCGCCUUGUACCUCGAACCCGAAUCGCAACCCGCGCAUCGGUUAAUGUGGGCCACCUUAGAAUGACAGCGUAAAUCAAUGGAGGAGAAAAAAUCAUCUUAAAACUCGCUGAUCAUAGAUUCCUAUCCGCCGAACACCGUACGUACCGUACACGUCAUCCACGUUGCACCCCAAGGUACAUCCUGAUACUCUGCAUUGUGCAGCAGCAUCCUUCGUGUAAUAGGAUUUUCUCCGUCGACGUCAAAGGGUCAUUCGAGUGAAACGAGGCGCGUUCGCGGGUGCUUUAACCGCAAAAUCGAAAGAAAAAAAGGGGGAGGAUAAGAAGAAGAAGAAGAAGCGCGAAGGGAUCGUCGAAAUCGUAUAAUCGACAUCGAGGGGAUUCCCGAGGUGGGAGGGACGUUCGAUCAAUCAUGACGCGGCAUGGAUCGAUAAAGAUCGUCAUGGACAGGCGCCGACGAUUCGAUUGACCCCCCGGAAUAUCGGAUGAUUCGCGGACUCUCGUCGUUAGCCAUGAGAGGUAAAAGCGCGCCAACGAAUAACGACACCGAAUUGUGGAAGAAGAAUUCUCAUCGCGAUCAUCUGGUGUCAGCAGCAGAGGCGAAGUGAACGAUUGUCGGGCACAUGAAUUGGAUAUACGAAGCUGCAACGUACAGGUAAUACGAAAAGAUACACCGAUCUCAUCGAGGACCGGCGGAAACGGAGAAAACGGAGGAAGCGGGGAAAGAGAAAAGAAGCGACGAGAGGAAUCGACGUGAGAAAUAAAAAAAAUCGCGAAGGAAGAAAAAAAGAGAGAAAAAAAAACCUGUUCCCAGAGCGCACAGCGAGAAAAAGGUCACCGACCAGGUGUUUCGAGUCACGUAUACACGUGAAAUAUCUAGUCCCAAACGGUAACCAUGGCCUUGGUCAACUUUACGCUACCCUACCAGACCGCGACACCGUCGCCAUUUUUGCUUCCCGGUGCGUCGGGACAUUCGACGAUAAAUAAUCUGCGAUACAACGCGGUGCCACCCCUUCAACCGGCGCCGAACUACAACGAUGACGGUCAUUACCGGAACGAACCGUACAUUCAACCCUCCUCUCAGUACCAGCAGCACGCGUCGAGGCUGACCACUCAGCAACGUCAAAUCAACGCCUAUUCACGCGUUACUCAGGACACCCGAUACGCGAAUUACAAUCAAGAUUUCAGACGGACGCAACCGAGACAACAAUCGCAACAAAUGAGGCCCCCUCCCCCAUCGCCGCAACCACCCAACACCGUUUUACCGCAACCACCGCAACAACAACAACAGCAACAACAGCAACAGCAACAACAACAACCACACGCGCUUCACCAGGCUGAACAAUCUCAGGCGCCACCUCCACCCGACAAUUAUCCGGGCAGGCCGAACGGAUACACCAGGGUGAACAGCGAAGCCUACAGCGGUACGGGUGCUGGGGCGAAAACUUCCGUUCACGCUGUGCUCGACUACGACGACGACUUCGAGGACUAUUACGACGACGAGGAACAGGAUCUACCCGGCAAUACCCAGGUCACUCCGAUACAGGGACCGAUAUUUUUGAAAAAUGGCUCCGUCCCCGUCGUCCCUCUCUACUCGUACCCCCAGUUGAACAACGGAACCUUCGUUCAAAUUCCGAUUCUGUGGACGGCUCUGUCCGUGGCCUUGGGAGUCGAACUACGGGGUGACUUGGUGCGAGGAUCACCUUGCAUCAAAAGAUAUCAUCAGCUGUUUUGUCCGACAGCCGGAAACACGUAUCCCAUCGAUCGAAUAGAAAGAUUUAUUGACGAGAAUAAAGCACUGAUGAAACGAAUGUACGGAGACUUCGAGAUGAGUACGGAGUACGGACCGCCAACGAGAGAACCGGCUGGACAUCGGCGGAAACGAGCUUCCGCGAGACACGAUCUUCCAGACGGGGGACCGAGACCGGAAGAAGACGUCGAUGGCAAAGCCGACGGCGGUUCAUAUUUUGCCAAAAUGAGAAACUCCCGGCAAUCGUUCGGGAGCAAUCAAAACAACGAGAGCGGAAGGUACGUGUUUCCACGCCUCUAUUUCUCGCGCCGUUACGCGAUUCUCCAUGGAAUUGACCUGGUUUUUUUUUCGCCCCGGUUUUUCCGCAGGAUCGACGCCUGCGAGUCGAAGAUAGAGAUCGUAAUGCCGUAUUGGGCGAGUAACAGCGCUGGUAAAAUCAGAGCGAUCGUCAACACUCAACAUUUCGAACAAGCCAUUCAUCAAGAAGUCUGCUCAAAAACUAGAACGAAGAGGUGCACAGGUGAUUGCGGUUGCGAACAGAAGUAUAAAUGGCACAGACUUCUCGCUUACGAUCCAGACAAUGAUUGCAAAGGUAUAUUCAUGGACUGGUUCCUUUUUCCUUCGUGUUGCGUGUGCAGGUGCGACCCACUUCCAAAAUUCCCACCGACAAACUCCCGGAAUUAGAGUGCAGCCAAUUGUAGGUAUGAUAAUUGCAAUAUUGUAAGCGAACGACGCGUUGCAGAUUAUUACGCAGCUUAUUAUUUUACGUGUAACAGUGCCUUGUCAAAACCUGGCGAAUUUCGUCGGGUGAAUGUCAGCCGUCUAUAUUAUAACGCGCCGACGAAAGCUCGAUAUGAUCGACGGGUAAGUAAGUAAGUUAUGAUCUAUAGGUACGAAUAAAAAGUAAUUUGAUUGUAUUCCUAAUAGAAUAAAAAUUUCGAGGUAAGCGACGACCUCUGUCUUAGUUUUCCUUCUGUCAAUUUAUUUAUCAAUCGUUAGUAUUGAAAUAGUUCCAUAUUUAUGAUUAAUAAUCGAUAAAUAUAUUUACGUUACUUUCGAGCGAAAAAUGUUGUAUAGUUUUUAAAUAUGGAACAGACUAGAUAGCCAAAUGAAAUUGAACACAUUGCGAACGAUGUAAUAGUAAUGUAUACGAUAUACGUAUUAUCUUUAAAUUUUAUAAUAAGCCAUACUUCUUUCUUUUUGUCACAUAAAUCUGCCUUAUAUAAGUUAUUUCUAAUACCAUUGUCAUUGUAAAAUUUGAAUUAAAAAUCAUACUCUUAAGUUACUACCCUUAAGCCUUCAUUGUUGUUAAGCAUGAAUUUACCUUUCGCGAAAUCUCACGUCGAAUAAUUGUUAACAUUUAUUAUACUUUUCUAGAGUCGAAUAAAAUGUUGAGAACAUGA